AUGACAGAACCCACUACCACACAGCUGGCUAGGCAAACAGAGAAACCAAAGCCAACCCCUACUGAUGAGAAGCCCACUUCUCUGGAACGAGUCCAUCUACCACGCAUCUCUAUCAAGUUCUGUACUCAGUGUCGAUGGAUGUUAAGAGCUGCUUAUUUUGCCCAAGAACUCCUAUCAACAUUCAAUACUGAUCUAGGCGAAGUAGCUCUCGUCCCAAUGACAGGCGGUGUAUUCACAGUAACGAUCUGGCAUGCUGAGAACUUGAACUCGAACUCUGAUUCAAAGGAUGUGGAAACAAAGGAAAUCAUUCUUUGGGAUCGGAAGCGAGAUGGUGGAUUCCCUGAGGUUAAGGCUCUUAAGUCAUUGGUUAGGAAUGUUAUUGCUCCGGAGCGCGAUCUGGGACAUACGGAUCGUGCUUUGAAGAAGGAGCAGGAUGAGAAGGUGGAAAAGUUGAAGAAAGAAGAUGAAAAGCCUGACUCGGAGCAGAAGGGAGAGUCUGGGAAGAAGGAGUGUGAGGAUUGUAUAUAG